ACCAAAGAAGGCCCUUUAAGCACUUUCAGAAAGGUACGUCAUUCAAGAUAUCAAUGUUAAACUAUUUAAGCAGUUUUUGUAAUUUCCAAGAAAAAGUUACACGUAGACUAAUAUAUAUAGUUACACGUCCAGACUAAUAUAUUGAUUUAUUUUAUGGAUAAAAAAUAAUAAAGUUCAAAUGAAGAUCUCCUGAGAAAGGCACCGAAGACUUCACAAGUAUGUCAUAGUUAAAGUAAUUUUCAUGCUGUUAAGUAGAAGAUAAUAUAGCAGAAAUUUUAAACCAAUACUUUAAAUUCUGGAAAAUCAGAGAAUGAUAAUCAAAAAUUUGAUGGAAGAAAGCACUUCAAGAAGAAUCUAAAUUAGAAUUUUAACUUAGAGUACAAACUAUUAGUUUUAUGACCUUCGUAUUUUUCCCCUGUAAUUUGGGUGAUGAAAAGAAUAAAUAAAUAAAAUAAAUAAGUUAAAAGUUGUAAAGUAAGUUUCAUUUGCUGCUAAGUUAAAGGUUGAAAUACUUUUCAUGCUGGUAAGAAUUGCUUUAAAUUGCUGCCCACCUUUUUGACAUAAGAAAGUAAAAAAGAAUAUGUGCAAAGAAUUUUACAAAACUAAAGACGAAUUAUUUGAAUCGUGGUCUAAAGAUGGAAUAGUUUUAAAUAAAGAUGACUUUUUAAAUCAUUAUCAAGAUCUUCUUCAUAAAAUUAACGUUAUUGACCAAAAUACAUUUCUUCAAGACGCUGAUAACGAUCAAAGAAAAGUUCAGUCUGAAAUAUUUGAAUCAUUUUCCAAAUCAAAUUCAUUAAAAAACUCUCUUACGAAAGAUGAGUUUUUUGAAUUUUACAAAGAAAAAUUAAAGGACUUGUUAAAAAUUCAUUAUGUGAUUGGAAUCGAUGUUGGUGGAACAAAUACUGAUUUGGUCAUUCUCAAGAUGCCAGAAGUAAAAAUAAUGAGUAAAUGUAAAGUCCCGACCACUGCUGACAUUAAAUCAGGAUUAAAAAACGGAAUAAUUACAGCUUUGAAAAAAGAUGUACAAGAAAAGACUCAAAAAGAAUUUGGAAAAUUCAAAGAAAUACAAAUAGAAAUGAUUUCUUCAAUUCUGAUAGGAACUACCGCUUUUGUUAAUUCGGUCAUUCAAAGAUCUGAAAAUUUGAAAAAAGUUCAAGUGAUUAGAAUUUCAGGACCGUCUACAACUUCUCUUUAUCCUUUUAUCGACUUUCCAAAUGAUUUGAGAGAAAGGAUUGAAGGUGAUUUUCAAUUCACAAAAGAAGAAUGUAAAAAUCUAAAACUUACAGAACCUAGUAAUAAAAACGAUAAAUGUAUAUAUUUGUCUGGAGGCUUUAAUCAUAAUGGCAGCUUUGAAUCAACUAAGUUCGAUGUAGAUCAAGUAAAGAAGGUAAUGUUUGAGCUGGUUAAACAUUACAGAAAUAAUAAAAUUUCUGUUUUAAAUAUUGCUGUAACUGGAGUUUUUGCUUCGGUUAACAAAGAGCAAGAAUUAAAAGUACAAAGAAUAGCGAGCAAAAUAUUUAACAAGGAAAAAAUUAGAUUCACUAUUUCUCUAAGUCAUAAAUUGGGCGGGCUUGGGUUAAUUGAAAGAGAAAAUGCUACAAUCAUAAAUGCAUCUUUAAGAGAAUACGCCUUUAAAACAGUUAAAUCUUUCACAAAAGCAUUUAAAGAACUUGGAUUCAAAAAUAAAUUUUAUUUUACGACAAAUGAUGGAACUUUAGCUUCCAGUGAUUAUAUUGAAAAAUUUCCAGUUUUUACAUUUUCCUCAGGACCAAUAAACUCUCUUCGAGGAGCUGGUUUUCUUGUUAGAGAGAAAAACUAUAUUGUUGCUGAUAUUGGAGGAACUACGUGCGAUGUAGGGGAAAUAAAAAAUUACUGUCCAACAGAAAGCAAAGCAUUUAUUAGUAUAGGUGGUAUAAGACUCAAUGCAAAAAUGAUAAACGUUAAGUCUAUUGGUCUUGGCGGAGGGAGUAAAAUAAAGUUUGAUAAUAGAUUUUGUAAGAUAGGACCAGAAUCAGUUGGUUAUAAAUUAACUACUGAAGAUGGAGGUCAAGCAUUUGGUGGAAUGUAUUUGACGACAACAGAUGUGGCUUUGAAACUCGGAUAUUGUAUCACAAAUUGUAAUUUUAAUUAUAUGAAAGUAGACAGUAUUAGAGCAUCAGAAGAAGAAUGUAUCCAAGCUAAAAAUGAAAUAUUAGUUUUAAUUAAAAAAUGCGUAGAAUCAGUUAAAACAAACUCUGCAAAUGUUCCUUUAGUUUUAGUUGGUGGAGGAAGUUGCAUUGUUCCAAUAAAAGAAUUGAAAAAAAAAUUAAAAGAUGUAGGAAUUUCUGAGGUUUAUUUGCCUCAUGAUUUUGAUGUAGCCAAUGCUAUUGGUGCGGCUAUCACUAAAAUUAGUGAAAAAAAUUCAACAAUUGUUGAUGGUGGAAGUAUAAAAAUUAAAAGUCAUAUAAAAAAAAAAUUAAUAUUUGAUGCAAUCGAAAAAGCUGUUAAACGUGGAGCAAUAAAGGAGUUUACAACAGUAACAGAGUUGACAGAAUCUCCAAUGGCAUACACUAAUGAUGGAUCACUGGAGUUAUUUGUGAAAGUUGUUGGAAGUCUUAAUCUAAGAUUGUUAAAAAAUAAUAGAGAAAAUCAAAAAAAAAUUAACAAUUUAGAGGAAAAUUCUAUGCAAAGCGAAAACCGAUGUUUUGAAGAAUCCUUCGAUUCGUACCUUACGGACGAAGAUAUAGUAGAAAACACCAAUAACGCCAGCGUAAUAAAUAUCGAAGCAGAACAUAUCGAAAAUACAGUAGAUUUUUUAAAAAAUACUGAAAUGAUUGCAGUUCCUGACUUAAAACGAAACGAGUGGAAUUUAUCGUUGCAAGAUAUAAAAUUCAUUGCACUUGGAGGAAGUAUAUUAGGAAGCGGAGGAGGUGGAUCUCCCUACAUGUUCUUCUUAAUUUGUAAAGACCUCUUGGAGCAAGGAAAGAAAAUUAGAGUCAUUUCUCCUUCUGAUAUGGAAGAAGAAGAUUUAGCUGUGCCUGUCGCUUUUUUUGGAGCCCCUAAUUGCAUAUUUGAAAAGUUAUGUAAUUUAAAAGAAAUAGUGAAUUCUUUCGAAGCUAUAAAAGGCUAUUAUAACAAUGAUAAAAAUAUAAAGUACGUAGUUUCAGCAGAAGUUGGAGGAUUAAAUUCUUUAGUUCCUUUAGCUUUAGCGGCUAUUUAUGGUAUUCCUGUAGUUGACGCUGAUUUAAUGGGUAGAGCUUUUCCUAAAGUUUCUAUGACUAUUCUAGCGAUAAAUAAUCAACAAGUUUUACCUAUAUCGUUAGCCGACGAUCAUGAUAAUGUCUUUGUUGUACCAAAAAUUCAUGAAAAUGAUCAAGAAGUGCUUGAGACCCAUUUUAGAAAUAUAUGUGGAUUAAUAAGCAAUACUGCAUCGAUUGCUUUAAGUCCCAUUAGUAAAGAUCAAGUUCAGAAUUUCGGUGUAAAGUAUUCGCUUAGCAAGUGUUGGCGUAUUGGAAGAUCCAUCCUCUCCGCUCGUAAAAAUCGUGAAGAUUUCAUGAAAGUUCUUGAAAAUGAAGAAAACGCGAGUUUGUUAAUAAAAGGGAAGAUUAUAGAAUGCAGAAGAGUAAUUGAAAAUGCGUAUAAUAUUGGGUUUGUAAUUAUUCAAGGAGAUUCUUUCGAUGAAAACGAUAAGACUUUUUACAACAAGUUCUACAGAAUUUGUAUUCAAAAUGAAAAUCUUUUAGCCCAAGAAGUUGAUAAAGUUAUAAAUAAUGAAACAAAAAUUGUUCAAUUUGUUCCAAAGUUUGGUGAAAAUCUUUGUUGCACACCAAACCUAAUUUCUAUUGUAGAUGUUGAUACCUUUGAUGCUAUUUUAUGCGAAGAUUUAAAAUUUGGAAUAAAAGUUCUUGUAUUUUCUAUGCCUUCACCUACUGGAUAUGAUAAUGAAAAAGCGUUAAAAGUUGUUGGACCACAAGGUUUCAAAUACCAAGGAAAAAAUGAAGAUUUGAAAAAUUGGUCACUAAAUCAAGAAUAUAAAAGGAUGAAAGGAGGAUAUGUUGUUCGAGAGUCAUUAAUUACGAAAUAUGAAACAAAUUUUUAAUUUAUAUUUAUAAAAAAUUUUUAAAUAUUAGUUUUUUAAUAUUAUUUUUUCUUACAAGUAUUAAUAGUAUUUUUCUUUCAUUGUAUUAUAUAGUAAACUCUGUUACAGUAGAAUUCUUUUAGGAGUUUUUUAGGAGAUAAAUUUUUUAGGGAGUUUUUUUAAGUAAUAAAAUUUAAAGUAAUAAUA